AUGGUGAAAAUGAAGAAACACAUUGAGGAAGAAGAAGGAGAGAUUGAAUGGCAAGAAGCAGCAGCCAUGGCUGCUAGUCUUCUCAAAGCUCGGAGAUCAGCAAGAAAGAGAUUCAUUGGGAAGAAGCUGCAAGAGCUUAUGAUGAAAGCAGCUUGCUUGCUUCGUGGAGCCAACACUCGCCGAAACUUCUGGCCUUCUUCUCAUCAGUUUAAUAAUUCCCCGGCAAAUCCAGUUCUUCCCAGAAAGAUUGCCAAUCUCAUCCUUCUUCGGCUCAAAGCUCGAAACCUUGCUUCUUGUAAUUCUGCUCCAUUGGGUCAUUUUCCCAGUAACCAAACAGAAGAAGAAGAACCCAAGAUCCAGCUUGAUUAUUUUCUUGAUGGGUCUGAUAAUUAUAGAUCUGGGGGUACUACUAAUGGUUUUUGUAGUGAUGGAGUGAUUGAAGAGGGCUGUGGGAAGAGAUUCAAUCAUGAGGAAAGUGUAGGAAAAUCAGAAGAAGAUAAGAUGGCUAAUCUCAUGCUUCUUAGGCUAAAACAUGACACAGUCUCUGAUUCUGAAGUCACUCAUUUUCCCAGUAACCAAACAGGUUUGUACAACUUUCUAGAAGAGUCAGACAAUAGUUUUUUCACUGAUUUUGGAUUUGGAAACAAAACGAACAUGGAUGAUGAAGUAGGAUUAUUUAGUGAAGAAAAUUAUUAUGAGUUUUUGGAUAACGUGGGAUCGAUUUGUUAUUCUUCUUCUCCAUUUGAGAUCGCAGAGGAGAUGAUAGGGCCAAUGGAUCAGCAAGACUUACAUGAUUAUGAACAUGAUGGUGCUGCAAAUUAUGAACCAUCAUUUCUCAGAGAAACUUUUAGGAUAAAAUAUGAAAGAAAAUUCUCAGCUUGUCUGUAUACCUAUGUUGGUGUUUCUGAGUGCUUGAGGCUGCAAUUUGAAUCAGAAAAUGCAGAUUAUGGGUUGGAAAGUUUCUGA